AUGGCAAUCGAAGCAGGAUUCCGCAGCGCACAGGAAGCAGCACAACAAUUCCAUGUAGACUUAGCGGCAAUACUUUCAAGCAGGAGAGGCAUUGAGACUCAGGAAUGGAGCAGUAACGAAGGCCAACAUGCUACGAUCGAGGAUGUCAUCACAGCUGCCGGCCAGAGCCUACGUCACAAAGGAGAGCGAAGAAGACUCGAUGCAGACGCUCUUGACGACACACACAACAAGAUCAUCAGCAGCAAAUCAUAUGGCGGCUUGGACAUAGCACGCGAAACGAUUCCAACAACCGCACAGUAUGAGGAGAUCCUCUUCCAAACCGAAGCCCACCUGGAAAGCGUCAACUCUCAGACCAAAUCUCGAGACUUCCUGCAAGUCAGCAAUGGGAUUGUGCAAGGCGCAAGGCCCAUGACCUUGGCCCAGAAGAUCUUCACGCAACAUGCCCUCAGCGGCAUUCCCUCUGGCACCCACGGUCUCGCAGUAGGAGACGUCAUCCGAGCUGGAGUAGACUGGGUCCUGGCGUCAGAAUUGUCCUGGUCGUCGAUGGCGCAAACGUACGAAGAGCUCAACGAUCCGGGCAUCUGGAGAAAUGACCGCUUCUGGCUUGCUGGUGAUCAUGUCGUCCAUCCGACCAUCACGGAAGUGCCCAAGAUCAAAGCGUACAUCGAGACUGCGGAGAAGGCGAAGAAGAACUUCCGCAUGACGCAGUAUCAGGGGAGCAACUAUACGAUUAUGCAUACCGAGUUUGUGCGUGAGAGAGCCGAGCCCGGAAUGUUGAUUGUCGGUUCGGAUUCGCACAGUUGCUCGGCCGGCGCUGUUGGGUGUCUGAGCAUCGGACUCGGUGCCGCAGAUGUUAUGAUGACGCUGGCGCUGGGAGAGACGUGGUUCAAGGUCCCCGAAUCGAUAUCCAUCGAGCUCGUGGGCAAACCCUUGUUUGCCAUCUCGGGCAAGGAUGUCAUCUUGCACAUUCUCCAAGAACUGAAACGCAACACCGUAGCCGCUGAACGCAUCGUUGAGUUCUCUGGAGAGGGAGCACAACAUCUUUCCUCAGAUGCUCGCUUCGCCAUCUGUAACAUGUGCACGGAAUUUGGAGCCAUCACUGGAGUCUUCGUGCCGGACGCCGUCACGCAGGACUACAUCGGUCGACGGAAACGCAAGGCGAAUAAGUCGAGUUCGUUGUACUUCAAGCCUGAUCCGGAUGCUCAUUACGCGGAGAGAUGUAAGAUUGAUCUUUCAAAGGUCGAGCCGACGAUUGCUGUCUAUCCGGAGCCUGACAAUGUCGUUCCUGUAUCUGACCAGGCUGGCAUGCAGCUGGACGGAGUAUUUAUUGGUGCGUGCACAACCACUGAAGAAGAGCUCGUGCUAGCGGCUUUGGUUCUCAAGGCUGGAGUGCAGAAGAACUUGCCGCUUGCGAAAGGCAAUCGACACUAUGUGCCUGGGUCUCUUCCCAUUGUGGAGAGACUAAGAGAGUUGAAGCUGCUUGAGAUCUACGAAGCUGCUGGUUUCACGAGAGGGCCACCUGGUUGUUCCAUGUGCGUAGGUCUAACGGCGGAGAAGGCGGGUGAAGGAGAGACGUGGUUGAGCAGUCAGAACCGUAACUUUGAGAAUCGGAUGGGUAAAGGCGCCUUCGGCCAUCUCUCCUCCGCCGUCGUCUGCGCAGCGUCAGCCUUCUCGAUGAAAAUCACAGACCCAGCCGAUCUCCUCAAAGACCUAGACGUGGAGUUCUUCAACCACUACAGAGGCAUCACCGACUACACUCUGCCGACCCCAACCUACUCUGAACCUCAACCCCCGGCAGACGGCCCAUCCCCAACACCCAGCACCACCACCCCAACCACCCAAGCCGCAGCCCAAGACCCCAUCUCAAUAACCAUAACCAGCAAAAUCACCACCCUCCCAGAUUUCAUCGACACCGACGCCCUCGCGCCCGGCUUCACCCUCACAACCUGCAAAACCGACGCCGAAUUCGGCGCCCACGUCCUCUGCCACACGCACCCAGACUUCCGCUCCAAAGUCUCCAACGGUCAGCGUGUCGUCGUCGCAGGCCACGCUUUCGGCGUCGGAAGUAGUCGCGAGAACGCCGUCUCCGCACUUAAGGGAGCGGGCGUGCAGGCUGUGAUUGCGAGGUCGUUUGCGUUCAUCUAUGGACGGAAUCAGCCGAGUCUCGGGCUGUUGGGAAUUAUUGUGGAAGAGGACGCAUUUUACGAGGUUGCUAAGGAAGGCGUGGGGAUCACGAUCGAUCUCCCUGGGAGGAAGAUUGUGGUUGGCGAAGGCAAUGAGAGCGGGGAGUUUGGGUUUGGGUUUAGUCGGAUCGAGGAGGAGCUUUUGAUGAAUCGGGGGGUUACGAAUGCUUAUAGGCGGUAUGGGAAGGGGAUUUGGGAGAAGUUGACGGAGAAGAAGGGGGAUGGGGUUGAAGGGGAGAAGGCGAAAGGGGGGAGUCAUGAGGCAAAUGUGGAUAGUCGGUUGAAGUGGUAA